CGAGUAUGUAUGGAUAGUACGGUAGUUUACCUAACUAAGUUAGUUACGCCACGCCACAAGGAACCAGACACGGAAUUUUACCACUCCCAGCGGGUGUCUGCAGGGCUCCAACUUAGAAGCAAGCAACCUCCAGCAACGUCAGCUUCAACUCAGCCACUUGCGUGUCAGCUACCCAUGGCCCAACUGUCCAGCCGCAUUAGACUGGAUCACCAUGCGUUGACUGUGACCAUUGAGUGAUAUAUGAAGCUGUAUAUCCAUGCAAGCUGCCACAGAUGCUGUGUAUAACACAGGCACUCGUGAAGACAUUCGGAACCGGAAGCUGAAUCUGAAAGUAUGAACGGUAUGAAGACGCUGAAGGCCUGCAAGGUCUGUGCCAGCGCCAAAGUAAGGUGUGAGAUCGAGAAGGGUGAUCGGAAAUGCAGGCGGUACGUGGCUUUUGCGGACUUUCAAUUUCCUGUCCCAUACUACACUACAAAUGUAGUAGCUACAUUGAUUUAGUUAUUCGAGACUGAUUUUGUCUAUAAAACCACACCGUCAAAGAUGCUUUCGACUCAAGAAAGAAUGUACUCUCCAGCCCCGGGGAAGUCAUAGUCGCAUGGGACGCACAACAGCAAGAUUCUCUUCCAUCCCCACCCUCAUCCGCUCUUUCGUCAUCUUAUGCCCACACUUUGUCUUCUGUCCCGAAUAUUUCUGUCGAAUAUUCUCCUCUUUCAGCAUUUAAACAACUUAUCCCGCCAGACUCACGGGAAGCCAGUGGAUUAUUAGCUUUUUUCUGCUCAGAAAUGGCUCCUCUGUACCCCUUCACCCGACUUCCAUGGGGCAUAACCCCGCAAGAAUUACUGCUUGAGAAGCCCUUGUUAUACAUGGCCAUUCUGGGUGUUGCCUAUCAGAGCGAUACCCGGAGACAACAGACUCUCGCCAAGAUGUUUCGUGAAGAGAUCAGCCGCUCCAUUCUAAUUUGUGGAGAAAUGAACCUAGGAUUAUUGCAAGCUUUGUUGGUUUAUUCGGCAUGGAAUCAUGUUCACAUGCAGCUCAAGUCUCAACUGUCCAAUCUCCUCCCCUUGGCCAUGGUCAUGGUAACAGACCUCGAGCUAAGUAGGGAACCUCACACACGAUCAAAAACUUCACCCGCGGCCCUAAGAGAAGUAGGGCGGGCCCCCGCGGCCCCAAAUGCAAGAACUUUGGAGGAACGGCGUGCCUUCCUAGGGGUAUUCUGGCUGAGUUCAGUAACGAAGACAUGCGCGAAAGAAAUUGACGGAAUGAGAUUUAGCAGAUAUGCCGAUAAAUGCUGUCAUAUUCUGCAAGAGGCGACGGAGUACCCGACCGAUUCGUACCUUGUGCAUCUAGUCCGCAUUCAGCAAAUAGCUGAUACAAUUGGUGCAACAGUAUACAAUGAUAACCUCAUGGACUCAUCCACGCUAAAUGGGCCAGCAGCAACGCCCCUAGUUAUCUCAUCUUUAGAGAAGGAAGUCCAAGCAAUGGGUGAUAAAAUAAGCGAAAUGCGACAUCUCGUGAUCCCACCGGCAUCGAUGUUGAUGAUAUCUUACCACUCGAUGCAAGCCUACCUUUAUAAAAUUGCCUUGGAUGAUCGGCUAUUUUCAUCAUUAUCAGCAACGACCUCAGGAUGCCCAUGGGCAAGCAACACAGACGUACUGCCGUCUAACACGACUUCCACAAUCGCUCUCACAGUCCGCCGCACCGACCUGCUGGUCUCGUGCCUCUUCGCUAUCAAAUCCCUAGCGGACCACUUCUUGACGCUGACUGACAUGGUAAUAUUUUCGCUGCCAUACCCGACCUGGCUCCAGCUGGGGCACUGCAUCCUCAUCCUGACGCGUGUGAUGGAGAUCCGGCAUAACACAUGGGAUUUGGGGUAUGUGUCUCACCUGUUGGAUUUUCGAGAAGUGCUGAACAGGCUGGCACUGCGGUUGGAUAAAGUUAUUAGCCGGGGCAGGGAGGCCAGGCCAGCACAACAUUUACCACUAAUCUUUGAGGGGUUGGUAGAGAGGAUGGGGGAGAUUGGGAAGAUGAUUGGGGAAGGGCUGCAUGCCGUGGGGAGCGGGAACACUCGGAAUAGCAGUGCUCAUAACGACAUUGGCGAUGGGGAUGGGGAUGGAAAUGAGGAGUGGACUAGUGCGGGAGCGGUAGGGGAUGGUGCUGUACUUUGCGGAUAUGAGACUGGGAUGGUGUUUGAUGACGAGACAACGCAGGCAAUGCAUGACUUCUUCGGGGUUGGGGGGUGAUUGUUCUUUUUUGACCGGCGGGUAAAGAAAGCUUUGUGACAAGUUGAACUAAAUCAUGAUGUUUGUAGGAAUUUCAUGGCGGACAUGAUCUGAGUGCAGAUCAGUGAUGAUUCAUUUUGAAAUAUCCGUGUCCCGUCUGAGUGCUGAAAUAUGCUUUGAAGGUUGAUGUAACGUUAAGUCUAAAAUCCUCGAUGGAGAAAAUGAGCGGAGGAUGAGUCGAAUCUGAUAUAUCUGAGAUUGAGUCUGAUAUUCUAAAAUGAGACUUCGCAAAAUAUUUGUGGCUGAUGAUUGCGCCGCUGAGGCCGCUGAAUUGGAGGAUAGAUGGCUCUCCUCUACCUCGCUGCCUCGACCAUUAAGCGCCGAAGAUGAUCUUCUGGAACCAUGGAGUAUUGAGCCCUGAUGAAACAGAGGGGGUUCUAUAAAUAUGAAGAGAACAAAGCAAGCGCAUCAUCAGUAGAUCACGCUAUGUAGGCAACAUAGAGAUGGUGAAGUUGAAUAGGCAUUGAAUAUAGCUAGAAGAGCGACGCCUUAAAAAGUGCUAAGAUGUUAAAUUUU